UUGUCAAAAUAUUUUGUUUUUUUAAUGAUAUGGCACCCAAUAAUGGAUUUACCAAAGUAAAAACACACGGAAGAGAUAGAAUAAAUCACGAUAUACAUACUGGAGCUUAAAUGGUUUCAUAGAUUUUAGCUAAAUUCCUAGCAAUGGCUAAUGAUAAUGAGGAUUCAGGGCCAACCAUGUGGUUUAUAUCAGCAUGCGUGGCAGGUAUUAUUGCAGUAACUGUUAUCAUCAACAAAAUCUGCCAAAAAUGUCGACGGAGAUACACUCAUUAUGAUGUCCCAGCCCGAGACAUAAGUAAAGGCCAUAGAUGGUGUAAAACAGAAAUGUUUACUCAGCCAACAUAUUGCUCUGUUAGCAAGGAGCAUAUUAUCCAAGGAGCGUAUUGCGACUCCUGUGGCAUCUGUGUAGACGAUGGAGCAGUCAGGGUAGCUAAUAGGCAUAUACCAUGUAAAGUUCUAUCUAACAAAUCAGAUAUUUUAAAACAUCAUUGGGUGAAAGGGAAUCUUCCGUUAUGCAGCACAUGCACUGUGUGUCAAGAAGAAUGUGGACACCAGGCUGAGUUAUGCGACAUGCGCUGUUGUUGGUGUCAACGUACAGUUCAUGACCAGUGCCUUUCCAAAUUUACUGAAAUUUGUGAUCUUGGACACUUUCGUGAUUUUAUUGUCCCACCGAAUUGUAUUCAGUUGAAAAAGGUGGGCAUUAAAGGAAGACGUCAUCUUAUUGUAUCAACAGUGACAGCGCCAAUCAUUCCAAAAUGGCAGCCAUUAAUUGUAAUAGCCAAUAGGAAGAGUGGUAACAAUGAUGGAGAACAUAUACUACGAUCAUUCAGAGCCAUACUAAAUCCUGCACAGGUGAUUGAUCUCCAUGAAAUAUCUCCACAACAUGGACUUGAGUGGUGCCAUCUUUUGCCAGAAGUGACUUGUCGGGUACUGGUUGCUGGUGGAGACGGGACUGUUGGCUGGGUACUUGAUACUAUAGACAACUUAAAAUUAAAGCCUGCUCCACAAGUAUGUAUACUCCCUCUUGGUACUGGGAAUGACCUAUCAAGGGUACUAGGCUGGGGAGAGGGAUACACUGGUGAUGUUGUCAUCAAGCAUAUCCUGAACCAAAUGAAACAAUCAAGAGUUACUCAUCUUGACAGGUGGAAGGUUGAAAUCUCGCAUGAAAAGAGGAUAGGAAUUCCAUUACCUAGGAAGAUGAAGAUGAUGAAUAAUUACGCAUCUAUAGGAGUUGAUGCUCUUGUUACUUUAAACUUUCACCGCCACAGAGAGAGCCGGCCAUCUUUAUUUGGAAGCCGUUUAUUGAAUAAGUUCUGGUACUUCACCUAUGGAACAAAGGAUGUCCUGGAGAGAGAAUGUAAGAAUCUCCACACCAAACUCAAGGUUGUGCUGGAUGGUAAAGAGCUUAAACUACCAGAGAUUGAGGGACUUGUCAUUCUGAACAUCAGCAGUUGGGGAGGGGGUUGUAGACCCUGGGGGAACAGUCAAGGAAAAUUCCCAACUCCAAGGAUUGAUGAUGGGAAGUUUGAAGUGAUGGGUCUGUAUUCAUCAUUCCAUAUUGCACAACUUCAAGUUGGAUUAGCAGAACCUUUACGACUGGGUCAAGGUCACAAGGUCGAGAUCACUCUAAGCGGAGGGAAUGCCCCAAUGCAGGUAGACGGAGAGCCUUGGGAGCAACAUCCAGCAGAUAUUACAAUAACAUCCAAUGGCCAGGCUACCAUGCUUGAAUAUGCUGAAUAAACUCUUGGAUAACAGUUUGUUUUGCAUCAAAUCUCUGGUCACAAGGGAUUGGGCAGUUUUGCAAUCUCACAGGAAAAUGUUGAAAAAGGCAGAUCAUCAAGUCAAUGUAAUGUUUUGAUUUUGAACUAUACGUAUGCUCCUAUAAUGUGUAAAUAUCCACAUA